GAAAGAGUCUUUCGAAAACUUUUAUUUUCUUCUUCAUUAACAGUACUAAGAGAAAAGUGACUAGUGAGAUGGAGCCGCUUCCAGAUUUUGAAGUUUUGGAUUUUAAUCAAAAUUGUAGUUGGAAUUCUGACUUUUUGAAUUUACCACCGUAUCCAACGCCUCCGAUUGAGAAAUCAGUGAUAAGUGAAAUGGAGAACACUACGAAGACGCUCCCGAAUUUAGGACUUUUGGAUCUUCACCAAAGCUGGAAUCCUAAUUCUUUCACCCCAUCAACAUACCCAACGCCUCCAAUUGAAGGAUCUGUGACUUGUAAAACGGAAACCACUUCGAAGUCGCUCUUAGAUUUUGGAAUUUUGGAUCUUCAUAAAAAUUUGAAUCCUGUUCGUAAUCCUGAGCCUCUCAACUGGUCACCAUAUCCGCCACCGCCCUGCGAAAAAUCAGCGACUUCUCAAGUAGUUCAAAGAAAACAAGCAUCAGGAAAGAGGGUUAGGACGGCGUUCAGCAGCCACCAACUGAUGGAGUUGGAGAAGGAAUUCCAGGCUUCAAAGUAUUUAAAUCGAACCCGCAGAGUUGAAUUGGCAAUGAUAUUGUCUCUAACGGAACGGCAAAUCAAAAUUUGGUUCCAAAAUAGGAGGAUGAAGAGCAAAAAGGAUGAGCAAUCAUCUUUUCUGAAAAAAUCUUCUCAUCCUUAUCAACAAGAGCAGAGUCAAUGCCAGAUUAGAAGUUACCAGGUAGAACAAUUGGCUCAACAAGAGUACAACAACUGCCAAUAUUCACAUUACCAGCCCUGUCAAAGUUCACAGUACAGCAACCCCUGUCAGAGUUCACAGUACAGCAACCCCUGUCAGAGUUCACAGUACAGCAACCCCUGCCAGUACUAUUAUAAUUACGCUAAUGAGAUGACAAGUCAACGGAUCGAGACAAAAUGUGAUGAUCAGCAGAAUUUUUGGAAUAGGCAUCAGGUUCAGCAAACUUAUCCAGAAAAUUACUUCCAAUGUCAGUACCAAGAUUCUUCAGCUUGUCAGAACCAAGCUCCUCUGGGGAACGGUUAUCUUUUAGAUUCAAAUUUGCCUCAGGUUGAUAAGGUACACGAAUGGCUGGAAAAUAUUUCCAAUGUUUAAUCAUCUCAUUAAAAUGUAACACACGAUCUGAUUUCUGUUUGAACUUCUACGCUUUUUGAGAUGUCGAUGGUCUUUCCUACCAGUGUACUUAUUUUUAUGUGUAAAUUUUUUAAAAAGGAAUAAUAUAAAUAAUUGUGAUAGGUAUGGUACUCUUGUUGUGUGUGUUGGUUUUUGAAAUCGGAAGCCGGUAAAUAUAUUUUUAUCAAUAUUUUAUGCAAUUGUAUGUAAAUAAUUGUUACAUAGUAACUUGAGAUAUUUUUUUAACUUUUGAAUUAAUCAACCUUCCUGAUGAGUUGCGCAAAAUUGUAGUUAAAUUGCACCUGUGAACAAUUUUACGGUAUUCAGGUGUAAGAUUGAUUUGAACGUAUAGAUUCUCUCUAAAAAUAAAAAUACAAACAGUGAUAUGUACAUAUUUA